AUGGAAGUAUCAAAUUAUAUACAAGCAGCACAACCCGAAGAUCUAACAAUCAGAACAUAUACUUUCAAAGGAUUAAGAGAGUUUAUAUACCUAGGCUUACAAGUUAAUCAAAAUUAUGUUGUAAGUGCAGAAAUUAACAGACGAAUACAUCUGGCAAAUAGAGCCUAUUAUGGAUUAAAAAAAAAAUUAACAACAACCCUAGUUACAAAAAGAACGAAACUAGUGAUAUACAGAACUCUUAUCAAGCCCAUCCUCACCUACGCGUCGGAAACAUGGACAAUGACAAAGAGCGAUGAACAAUGUUUAAGAUGUUUUGAAUGUAAAAUCCUCCGGCAUAUCUGUGGAGGAGUACAGGAGGGCCGAUUAUGA